GUAAGGUUUCUUUUCUUCUCGUGCGCUUAGGGUUUCUUUCACUUCGCUUUUUCUCGAAGGAUCAAAGGUUUCCGGGAGGUAUUUUAUUUCGUGUAUAAACCAGUAUGAGGCCGGUGUUUUGCGGAAAUUUCGGUUACGAUACUCGCCAGUCUGAGUUGGAGCGCCUGUUCAAUAAAUAUGGAAGGGUCGAGCGCGUCGACAUGAAAUCUGGUUUUGCAUUUGUUUAUUUUGAUGAUGAGCGUGAUGCCGAAGAUGCCAUAUCUCGUCUUGACAACACGCCAUUUGGUUACAGUAAACGUAGGCUAUCAGUGGAGUGGGCAAGGAAUGGUGAAAGGGGGGGUUCACGUCAUCGUGAGGGAUCUAGGUCAAUGGCCAAUCAGAAGCCCACAAAAACUCUUUUUGUGAUCAACUUUGACCCAGAGCGCACAAGGAUCCGUGACAUUGAAAGGCACUUCGAACCUUAUGGGAAGGUUCUGCAUGUGCGGAUUAGAAGAAACUUCGCAUUUGUGCAGUUUGAAACUCAGGAAGAUGCUACAAAAGCACUCGAGUGUACUCAUAUGAGCAAGAUAUUGGACAGGGUGGUAUCUGUUGAGUAUGCCUUGAGGGAUGAUGGCGAACAACGAGGCGACAGGCGGGACAGCCCUAGAAGAGGUGGUUAUGGGAGGCGUGGGGAUAGCCCAUAUGGUGGUAGGUCAAUUAGUCCAAUACACCGCAGGGGCCGACCAAGUCCUGAUUAUGGGCGUGCUCGCAGUCCAGUUUAUGAUAGGUACAAUGGCCCUGCCUAUGACAGGAACCGCAGUCCGGAUUAUGGCAGAUACCCUAGCCGGUCUCCUGUGCGGAGGUCAAGAACCUGAAGAUUGCAGUGGAGAAAGGGUUAACGAUGGGUGUGAUAGGCAGUUGACGUUGUUGGAGGUGGCAUUUUACUUUGAGAGGUGCAUUUCAGUAGACGGGUAGUCUUAGUUUAGUUUAGUUUAGUUGACCUUAAUUUAGUUCUUAUGUUCCUGAUUAGCAGUGUGUUUUUAUGCUUCGAACUGGUUAUUUAUCUACCUGGAAGUUCUUCAAGGCUUCCUCUGGUUGAAUGUAAAAUGUUGUAAAGUUUAGACAAAACAGUAUGGUAGAUGGCGGAUUUUCAACUAAUUCAAAUGAUGGUUGUGUUUCGAA